AGCACGGCCACGGCCUAAGCCUCCUCUUCUCCACCGCCCUCUAUAAAGAGCUAACGAGGGGAUUCAAACACGGAAACACCAUUGCUUAUAGUGCUCUCCACAAGCUCCCUUGUCCCCCUCCGACGAGAGAGGAGAUGCCUCCCCCGAAGAAUCUCCCGGGGUUCUAUUUCGAUCCGGAGAAGAACCGUUACUUCCCCGUUAAAGGCCCUAUCGCCGGAUCGAAGCGCCCUCUCUCUUCAUCUUCGUCCUCCUCCGAUCCUUCUUCUUCGUCUCGUGAUGCUCCGGAUCAGAAGAAUGAAGUGCAGUUGACACGGUGGAAAAAGAGAAUAAAAGGUUCUGAGCUUCUUCUUAGUAGGGAGAUACAUGGUGGUCUUAUUUUCUCCAAUAAAACUAGAUGCAGUUUCAGGCAAGAGUACCAGAAGGUGCAAGCUUCGCGGCCUAUGGUAUGGAAUUAUCAAAGCACAACUAACGUAGCUGAUGCUGCCAUAGAACAAUUGGAUGGGAUUGUUCAAACACCAAGUGGCUCAAGAGAGACGAAAUUAUUAACAACUGGUAAUAUGAUGGGUGCCAUCAGUCUUUUUGGGAUUGGAAAUGUUUUGGCUGGGAUUGGAAAUGUUUUGGUGGACUUUUGUUAUGGUGAUGAAGCCUUUAUAAGGCCUAUUUGGUCUCCCUCAAGGAAUCAAAAAGCUAUAUAUGAUUCUGCAAUUUGGAGUACAUGGUGUACAUCCUAUCCAAGUUUCACAUCCAACAUAUCUUGCAUAAGGAAGCUUGGCUAUCAAUUUUCUAAUUCAGUUAAUGCCAGUUCAUCCUACCAGCAUGCACUGGUGACAACGCUUGGAUCUGGAGAGUCCGGUGGUUCUUUGAAUGUUCUGAAUCUCAGUGAGCCUUUAGAUUUUAGAAUACGUGCUUGCCCUGUCGAGACCAGAACUUCAGAGAUUGCCUGUUUUGACAGGACCAUAUGGGCUGCUGAUUGUUAUGCGUAUGGGCCGCAAGCUGCAGUUGGUACAAAUGUUGGAUCUGCUUUGGUAAAUCUAGAAACCGCAGCAGUGUCAUGGCUGAAUCGUAGUAAGAGUGAUGUUCUUUCGUUGCGAUAUGUUCCAUCGGGUAAUGUUGUUCUAUGUGGUCAUCGUAAUGGAGCAAUCAUUUCAGUUGAUAUUCGGCAGAAACAAUCAGAGCUUUCUGCUGAACCUUCUGCUAGAAGACCUAAUCCUCACAGGACAGCUCCUCUAUUAAGGAACGAUAGAAGGUCUGUCAAACGAAGGGUUCAGAUGAAUGGAAAGUUGAAUUCCUCAAGUGUAGUUUACAUGCCUUCCGCUGUUUGCAGCUUAGUUUCUCUUCAGUCAGAUGAGCAGUACUUCUUAGGGAGUUCCAUGGAUGGAUCUAUUAAGCUCUUUGAUCGCCGACUUCUUCAAAGAGGAGCUGUCCAGAGCUAUGAGGGCCAUGUAAAUUCCCACACCCAUUUGCAGCUUGCUGUAAACCCAUCUGAAACACUUCUUUUAUCAGGUGGAGAAGACUGUGUGGUGCGCAUUUGGAGCGUCAAGACGAGUGAGCUGAUUUUUGCAGAAAACGUCGCAAACUCGAUAUUCACCAGAGUUUGUUGGCCGGAAAGCGGCGAAGGUUUGCCUUGGUCUUGUAAACCAGAGCAAUCGGAACUCCAUGAGGACCGUCCUUUCGAACUAAGCCAUAGUUGGGGGGCGUGGUUGGGAUCACGCAAGGGGCUAUUUUACAUGCAUGGCACCUGAUCAAUCCCCCCUGAUUUCAUAAUCAGUGACCAGAGAACGACGCGACGAAAGUAAGUUAAAAGGCUCCUGAAGCUGCCUCUUGCUCAAAAUAUUUAGGUGACUUUUUGUUGGUUCAAUCUUAUUAGAAGGAUAAAUGUAGAGAGCUGUAGAAAAGUUAAUCCAAUGUAUAAAUUAAACCCUUUUUCUAUUGUAUAUCCUUUACUGAAGCUAACAUUUUGGAAGUAACCUGUGUUGUGAGGGGUCAAUUUUGAGCUUAUUGUGCUUCAGAGUAAUUU